UUAAGAUAAUGACGUAAAAGUAAACAAAAACCAAUAAAAAUGUAACUUCCAUUUAUCGUAAACAUCGUAAUGAUAUGCCUCAAAGUCGACAUACCACUUGCGGGGCAGAUGAUGUGGGGCAAGCUGGCAGUACUAGAGGAGCAGGUGCUCCGGGGACAACGGUUGUGUCAAAGAACUUUCAAGGACUUGGGGCAACUGGGCCACUUUCAAAGUCGGCUGAACAGAAGUCGACGCCAAUUCCUCGAGCCCCGAUAACCACUCAGCAGAGGGUCCCAGUCUUCAGUGCUGUCAAUAACUCCACACCAGUGGUUUUUCCAUGCACUGUGUCGGGAUCAGCACAAAGCGGACAACGACGCCCUUCGCCGAAUUUCUUUACUUCGUUCAAGCGCACAUUGUUAAAGACCUGGAAUGACACAAAUAACUUCAUCAAGAAAAUGAAAGAAGAUCAUUUCAGAUGGCAACUCUUCAAGAGCAUACUCAUCUUCACCAUUGGGCUCAAGCUGUUCAACGAUUUGGCCAGACAUUUGGCCGAGGACUUUAUCUUGUAUAUCGACUAAUGUGAAUCUAGCACGUAAAGACGAAGUGUCUAUGCGGUUAUUAAUAUGCAAUGUUAGUAAAUGGAAAUUACGAACACUCAUUGUUUCAUUUUAUAACGAA